GGAGGUAAAUUUGCUACACUCUUAUUGAGUGCUAUUAGAAUGUAAUGAUAUUGUUAAACAUUGAUUAGUAAAGACUUGGUAACAGAAAAACCGUGACUUUUAAAUUUCAAAACUGUUAGUGUUAUAAAGUUACAUUCCAAAGAUUUAUUUUAAACCGUACUGACAACUGUGAUUUGAACGUUGCACUUUUGUAGGUGUUACUGUUAGUACUGCUAGUAGAGUAUUAGUACUGCUAUUACUAAUUGCUCACUAUUACUAUUAGUUACGAAGUAACAUACUGUAGUGUAGGCAUAGCGUUACACUACAUUUGUCUUCAGUAUAUUGGAACUUAGUAACAGUGAAGAGAAUAUGGAGCCUUCCCUGUUAAGUCAGGAAAAACUUGACCGAUCAUCACCUGAACUAUGGCCAGAACAAAUUCCAGGUGUUUCAGAAUUUGCAGCUCUAACUUCACCUGUUAGUGGAGAAAACUCUCAACCAGAAUGGAAGGACAUAGAUCAAGAAGACGUGUACAUGAUGCAAGGGUUUGGAAGUCUGACUGCAGCAGCUCUGAUAGAGAAAGUCAAGGCUUUACAAAACUUGGCUUACCAACUGGGUGUUGAAGAAGCACGAGAGAUGACUCGAGGAAGAUUUCUUAACAUCUUGGAACGAAAGAAACCCCAACGAAGAAAAUAGGUUUUCUGUUUAUUCUUUCUGAAACUUCAUGCCAUCAUUACAAUUUUAACAUAUCUAGUAAAGGUUUUUAUGUAUUGACUAAGGUUUUACUAUUGUGUUUGAUUUAAAUUGAAACUAAAGAAUGUUUUAAAUACUUCAAAAUUUCUUCACAUGAUACAAUGUGUUAUUUCUUUCUAACUGAAUACAAAGUUUUGAAAAAAAAUCUGGGUGUUCAUUAUUGUUUCUAAUCCUUAUUUACCAUACUGUAAAGGUUGAUACCUCUAGACAAGAAGUUAAAAAAUCAAAGCUAAAUUUAAAAAUGACAUUUAAUUGUUAUGAGUAAAUGAAAGUUGUCAUGUCGCUUGUGAAGUCUUCUGAAAUUUGCAGUGCACAUUGUAUUGUUACUGGUACAGUUAUCUCACAGACUCUUGAAUCAUUUUGAUGUUUAGUAGUGUGUAAGGAAGA